ACGUGUCUUUAAAGCAAAAAACAAGAAUACCCAAAGUGAGAAUUCUACAAUCUCUAAAAGCUUUUUCUCUUCUUCUCACUUUUCCAGUCUUGUUUGUCUACAGAGAGGGAGAGGGAGAGGCAUUGUCCCCUCAAUUUCCCACAAAAAAAUGUCUCUUCGACCCAGCAAUCGAACUGAAGUUCGCAAGAAAUCUUACAAAAUUGGGGUUGAUGCAGAUGAAGCUCGUAGAAGGAGAGAGGACAAUUUGGUUGAGAUCAGGAAGAAUAAGCGAGAAGACAAUCUUCUCAAGAAACGCAGAGAGGGUCUUCUUCUUCACUCUCAGCAAUUACCCGAUGCCACUCAAACCCCUGAUGCUAUUGAGAAAAGGCUGGAAAGUAUUCCUAUUAUGGUCCAAGGAGUAUGGUCAGAAGAUCCUGCGGCGCAAGUCGAAGCAACUACUCAUUUCAGGAAGCUCUUAUCGAUUGAGCGCAGCCCUCCAAUUGAUGAGGUAAUUAAAGCUGGAGUUAUCCCUCGAUUUGUAGAAUUCCUCGGACGGCAGGACUUACCUCAGCUUCAAUUUGAAGCUGCCUGGGCGUUGACAAAUGUUGCAUCUGGAACAUCAGAACAUACUCGUGUUGUGAUUGACCAUGGAGCUGUUCCUAUGUUUGUACAACUUCUUAGCUCAACCAGUGAUGAUGUCCGUGAACAGGCAGUCUGGGCUUUGGGCAAUGUUGCCGGUGAUUCCCCAAGUUGUAGAGAUCUUGUUCUAGGUCAGGGUGCGUUGAUGCCAUUGCUAGCUCAGUUGAAUGAACACUCAAAGCUUUCAAUGCUAAGAAAUGCAACAUGGACUCUUUCCAACUUUUGUCGAGGCAAACCACCAACACCAUUUGAGGCAGUCAAACCUGCAUUACCAGUUCUUCAACAACUUAUCCACAUGAACGAUGAAGAAGUCUUGACAGAUGCUUGCUGGGCUCUUUCUUAUUUAUCUGAUGGACCAAAUGAUAAGAUUCAGGCUGUAAUUGAUGCGGGUGUCUGUCCACGACUAGUGGAGCUUCUUCUUCAUCCAUCGCCUACUGUUCUCAUACCUGCUCUCCGGACUGCGGGAAAUAUUGUUACUGGUGAUGAUGCUCAAACACAGUUUGUGAUUGACAACCAAGUCUUGCCAUGUCUGUAUCAACUGUUAACUCAAAAUCACAAGAAAAGCAUCAAGAAGGAAGCAUGUUGGACAAUCUCUAAUAUCACUGCUGGAAACAGAGCCCAAAUACAGGCUGUUAUUGAGGCGAAUAUUAUUCUUCCUUUGGUACACCUAUUGCAAAAUGCAGAAUUUGACAUUAAGAAGGAGGCAGCUUGGGCUAUCUCUAAUGCUACCUCUGGAGGAUCUAAUGACCAGAUUAGGUUCUUGACUAGUCAAGGUUGCAUUAAGCCACUAUGUGAUCUCCUAAUUUGUCCAGAUCCCAGAAUCGUUACAGUAUGCUUGGAGGGGCUGGAGAAUAUACUGAAGGUGGGCGAGGUGGACAAAGAAGCUGGGACGAAUGGUGGAAUCAAUAUGUAUACACACAUGAUCGAUGAAUGUGAUGGAUUGGACAAGAUUGAGAAUCUCCAAACUCACGAUAACAAUGAGAUAUAUGAGAAGGCUGUAAAGAUCUUGGAGAAAUACUGGGCUGAAGAAGAUGAAGAACAAAAUCUCCCUGAUGGUGCUGAUGGAAAUCAGCAUGGUUUCCAAUUCGGAAACAACCAGCCUAAUGUUCCUGCAGGAGGAUUCAAGUUUGGCUAGAAGAUUAGUAAGUUUGUUUUGUUUUAUAGGUCUCUUCACUGUUUUUGGAUCACAAUUUUUAGACUAUGUAAUUGGAUUGUUUUGUCGCCAAGGGUCAGGGUUUUUGGUCUGGCACAAAGGCCUUUUGAAUUGUCUGAAAAUGUAAUGGUUUAGUUUGUGUUUUCUAAAAUUUCAUUCAACUUUCAAAAUCACAUUACCAGAGUGUUCUUUUGGCUGGCUGUUUGUGUGGGGUACAUGAUAUAUUUAUGGUUGAAUUCAUAAUGUGUGUUUUAAAUGUUGCUCAAGAAAA